CUGAUGUGUUUGGAACUCGGACCGGUGCAUCAAUAAUCUGACAUCGGCUACAGCUCAAUCCUGUUACAUGUUAACUAAUAUUAUAAAAAACAGGUAAUAAACAAGGAGUAAAAUGCAGUCGGAUGACGCGCAGUAUCUCAAACGGAAAGUGAAGCCGGGGAAUAUCGAUGUUCACCCCACAGAGAAGGCUCUGGUGGUGCACUACGAGGUGGAGGCCUGCGUCCUGGGAGAAAACGGAGACUCCGUACACGAGGAGCGUAAAGAGUGUCAGAAGAUCAUACGACUGAAGAGUCUCAACGCCAGCACAGACGUCUCCUCUCUCGCCAGGAAGGUGGUGGACGAGUGCAAACUCAUCCAUCCAUCCAAAGUGGCCGAGGUGGAACAUCUGCUCUUCUACCUGCAGAACCGCAAGAAGCCCAGCAGUAAAGCAGAGAAAGAGGAGAAGAAGUUGGUGAAACCCCGAGAGCUCACGCCGUUUGAGGGGAUGGAGCUCGACGAGGAGGCCAACAUCAAUAAGAUAGAGAAUUACGUCGAGCUGCUAUAUGAGGGAAUCCCGGAGAAGAUCAGAGGCUCCACCCUCAUCCUCCACCUCGCCCGAAAUCCCGAUAACCUGGAGGAGCUGCUGCAGAACGAAGUCGUGCUCGGUGCUCUAGCGAGAGUGUUAAGAGAGGAUUGGAAGCAGAGCAUGGAGUUGGCCACCACCAUCAUUUACAUCUUCUUCUGUUUCUCCAGCUUCUCCCAGUUCCACGGUUUGAUCACGCACUAUAAGAUCGGCGCUUUAUGCAUGACCAUCGUCGAGCACGAGCUGAAGAGAUACGACCUGUGGCAGGAGGAGCUGGAGAAGAAGAGCAAAGCCUGUGAAGAAGAUGCUGAUAACCAGAACCUGAAGAAAGAACAUGAAAAGGCUUAUAAAAAAUACCAGAGUCUUCUGGUGAAGCAGGAGCAGCUGCUGAGAGUGGCUCUGUAUCUGCUCUUGAACCUGGCUGAGGACACACGCACAGAGCUGAAGAUGAGGAACAAGAACAUCGUGCAGCUGCUGGUUAAGACUCUGGAUCGGGAUAACGAGGAGCUCCUGGUGCUCGUCGUCUCCUUCCUCAAGAAGCUCAGCAUCUUCCUGGAGAACAAGAACGACAUGGCGGAGAUGGACACCAUCGAGAAGCUCGCCCGCUUGGUGCCCUGCGAUCACGACGAUCUGCUGAACGUCACACUGCGCCUCCUGCUCAACCUCUCCUUCGACACGGGACUACGAAACAAGAUGGUGCAGGUCGGCCUCCUGCCCAAACUCACCGCCAUGCUGAGCAGUGAGACUCAUAAGCAGAUAGUGAUGUGUAUCCUAUACCACAUCAGCAUGGACGACCGCUCCAAAUCCAUGUUCGCCUACACUGACUGCAUCCCUCAGCUGAUGAAGAUGCUGUUUGAAAACAGAGAGGAGAGAAUCGACUCGGAGCUCAUCUCCUUCUGCAUCAACCUGGCAGCUAACAAGAAAAACGCUCAGAUCAUCUGUGAAGGAAACAGUCUGAAGAUGCUGAUGAAGAGAGCGCUGAAGUUUAAAGACCCACUGCUUAUGAAGAUGAUCAGGAACAUCUCACAACAUGAUGGCCCGCUCAAACAGCUUUUCCUGGAUUACGUGGGUGAUUUGGCGGCUCAGAUCAGUCCUGAAGAAGACGAGGAGUUUGUGAUCGAGUGUUUGGGCACGUUGGCGAACCUCACCAUCCCUGACCUGGACUGGGAGCUGUUGCUCCGCGAAUACAACCUCGUCCCCUACCUCAAAGAGCGCCUCAAACCUGGCUCAGCAGAGGACGACCUGAUCCUGGAGGUGGUUAUACUGAUUGGCACUGUGUCCAUGGACGACUCCUGUGCUGCCAUGUUGGCCAAAUCUGGCAUCAUUCCUGCUCUUAUAGAGCUUCUUAAUGCCCAACAGGAAGAUGACGAGUUUGUGUGUCAGAUUGUCUAUGUUUUCUAUCAGAUGGUUUUCCACCAGGCCACCAGAGAUGUCAUUAUUAAAGACACCCAGGCUCCAGCGUACCUCAUCGACCUCAUGCACGACAAAAACGCAGAGAUCAGGAAAGUGUGUGACAACACACUGGACAUCAUCGCAGAGUAUGAUGAACAGUGGUGUUGUAAGAUCCAGUGUGAGAAGUUCCGCUGGUUUAACUCUCAGUGGUUGGAGAUGGUGGAGAGCCGGGAGACGGAGACGGAGCCGUUCCUCUACGGAGACACAGAGACACUGGAACCACCGGACCUGUUCUACAGCACGGAUGGGAUGCCUCCUGAUGCAGGUCUGAGUCCGGACCCGUACGCUCAGUAUGGAGACUUCGGCGCAUGCAACGGCUCAAACGGCCGCCCUGCCACUGCGUACGGGUUUCGCCCAGACGAGCCGUUCUACCACUGAGUCUCCAGCUAGAGGAAAACAAUCAUCGCUCAUACCCGCAGUCCAUUUCCACACCACACUGAGUCCAGAAUAAGACGCCCAGCUUAUGAAAAAGCCCAGAUUGCUCCGUUUUCAGAGAUCUGGAGAUAAACAUAAAGCUCCUCUGAAAGGAGAUUUAAAAUAUACACAUUAAGAGGAGUCCAGAUUAAAAUAAACAGAUUAAAAGGAGUUCAGAGUAAAACAUCCAGAUUAAGAGGAGUUCAGAUUAAACCUUACAGAGAAGAGAAGUAAAAAUUAGUCCCGAUUAAGGUAUUUAAAAUAUGAAAAUCCAAAUUAAAAAAAAAAACAAAAACUCCAAUUUAGGAUAUACAGAUUAUGAAAAAACAAGAUUAAGACCUUGAAUAUAAAACAUCCAAAUUAUGAGAUACCCAGAAUAGGACGAGUCGAGAUUAUUCAUCCAUUUCCAUUUUCCUCCUGCUUUUCCUGGUAAGUAUCACAGUGAGCCUAGACUAAGAUAUCCAUAUUAAGAGAGGUCCAGAUUUAGACAUCCAGGAUUAUAAUAUCUACAGGGGUCCAGAUGAAAAUAUUCAGAUUAACAGGAGUCCAGAUUAUGAUGGAGUGACUUCCAGGUCAAGAGAACUCCAAAUUGGAAGUCCAGAUAAAAAAGCUACCAAAUUAAAAAGAUCCAAAUCAAGAGAAAUAUAAAUGAAUACAUCCAGAUUAGAAUGAGGUCCAGAUCAAAACAGCUGGGAUUAAGAAAAAAUUGGCUAAAUAGAUAAAAGUUCUCUUUAUUUUCUAGAAGUUUCUUCCUCUGGAGCCGAGGUGUCGUUGAGCAUCACUAAUCUGUGAUCACGCUACGAUCGUACGUACAGGGUCGAGCGUUACACUGCCCUUUGAAUUUUGCUCACGUUAACCUCGUUGAUAAUUUUUCAGUUUAAUGUUAGAUUAUUUAUAUUAUUUAUAUUUUUUGAAAGUCACUUUAAAUGAUUAUUAUAUUAGUUUGAACUGACUGCACUUUAAUUUUUAUAACACUAACCCCACUUUAACGCUUUAUUCAGUACAUGAAUAUGCUAAUAUACACUUUUUUCGCCAGUAUAUUUAAGGAAUCGCAUUACGUCCAUCUUGCCAAAAUCCUUCCGACUAAAGAUCAAACAUAUUAAACAUUAAUACUCUCAAAGCUACUAAAGAGUUAGUCAUGAAAUAAAACACACACACCCUGACUUUACCUAUACACUCAUCCUUGGGUGAUCAGUGAUGGCACAAAAAUGUUUGCUACAAACUCGUUUUUAAUUCCUUAAGGUAAAAGCUUUUACCUAACACUAGCUAGCUAGAUAAUUAUCUUAUCUAACGUAAAUGUUACCUCACUGAUGUUACAUUGCUAGCCGUAAAUUAGAAAAAUAGAAAAACAACAAUAAAUUUUAAUGCUAAACUUUACAUGGAGUCAAAGAAAUGAAACUCAAGGCUAGUGCUGAUGCCAUGUGAUAGAGUUUGUCAUUUGGAUGAUCAAAUUCUCGGCAAAAUCAGGAUGUGAUAAAAUACUGAAUUUGAAAAGUCUUAACCGUAUAUUCACUCUUACUCCAAUAUGUUUACUGUCCUGACGUUCAUGUAUGAGCAGAUAUUCCAUUAUUAGCCUGAUGUAUUAGCCUAGCAUGUAUAGAAUGAGUAUACUGAAGUUUGAACUUUCAGUAUUUCAGAUUUAGAGUGACUGAUGACCUGAGCCAUAGGAGUAUACGAUCUUUUUUGUAGCAGCAACGCAGACAUUAUGUUGACCUUCCACUCUUUGUACUGAUAACUUCACAAUAUUUUUAUGCAGUUUCUGUUGCAUUCUGUUUGGAGAGUUAUCGCUUUGAAUGUAGCCUGCUUUCCCUAUUUUUUUAGAUAGCAAACUAUACAAGUUUCCAUUAUAUAUACUUAAGAUUACAGCCUUUAUUUUAGUAAAUUGCUUUAGUGUUUUUAAUAGCCAUUGCUUUCUGACAGCUUGACAAAACAACCUGGUCAUAAAGAUUAUUAAAAACACAUUACAGCUAUAAUGUAAAGAAUAAAGUCUCCCUGCACUGCAAAAGGAAAAUGUGAAACAUAAAAUAAACCGAUGUUCAACUAAA